AACAGUUCAAUAGAUAAGUAUGAGGGAGCAAAAGGCUAAACAGGGACAAGUUCCACCAAUCCAAACUUGUUAUGAUUUCCCACAGAUAAGUGUAAAGACUUUAUAGAUCAAAGAAGAUGCUCUUUUCUAGAUAUCUAGCACUGUUAAACAGUCAAUCCAUGAUUGAACAGCGGCUCCAACAAUCAUCUUUCUGCCCCCAUUUAUUUCCGCACAAUUCUCUCUGUUGUCCAUUUUUGACAAGCAUUGCAGUUAAUGCUCUGCCAGAGCACAACCCUUUUUUUCUCCUCUCUCUCUCUCUCCAUGCUUCAUGAUCUAUAAAGGUUCGGAUUGCUUGAUAAAGUUUAUCGAAAAUCCAUCCUUGUUGGAGGUGACAGCCGCAUAACGCCAAACAGGAUUUUCCAUUUGACCAAUCAAAAGUUACAAGAUAUCACACCAAUCACCAUCGGAAUAUGAAGAUCACACAUUAUUAGCUCAAGAAACAGUAUCUCUAGAUGCCUAAUAAAAGCAGGGGGGUGGCGGGUUUUCCAGAUUGUUGGAUUUUUAGAACUCUUUUCCGUUUAGUUUCCCAUGGAGAAUUGUUACCUUUCUAGCUGGCCUGAAGGUGAAAAUUGGGCUGAGUUCAAUGCUACACCAAGCAAUGAGUCUUCCUUUACAGUCCCACUGCCGAUCGAGCCUCGUUUUUCAGCCUCUAGUUCAGUUCAAUGUCAAGGUUUCCCUUCAUGGGUAGUACCAAUUGAAGGAGUUGCAGAGGAUAGAGCUACAGUUGUUUCCAAGAGCCAUAGCCAAGCUGAGAAACGCCGCAGGGACAGAAUCAAUGCUCAGCUUGCAGCUCUCAGGAAACUGAUUCCCAAGUCUGACAAGAUGGAUAAGGCAGCUCUGCUAGGAAGUGCAAUAGAGCAUGUGAAGGAUCUCAAGAGAAAAGCAACAGAAGUCAGCAAGGCCUUCACUAUACCGACAGAAGUUGAUGAAGUAACUGUAGAUUGUGAUCUUCCUGAAAACAUAAGCCCCCCCACCAAUCCUAGACAAACCAAGGACAACAAGAUCUUCAUCAGGGCUUCUGUUUGCUGCGAUGAUCGGCCGGAAGUGUUUGCGGAGCUCAUCCGAGUCCUCAAAGGCCUGAGACUAAGCACGGUUAAAGCUGACAUUUCUAGUGUAGGUGGAAGAAUGAGAAGUAACUUGAUCCUUUGCAACGAUGACAGUGAAGAUCAGGGUGUUUCACCCAGCACUCUGAAACAGUCCCUGAAUGUAGUUUUAAGCAGGAUUGCUUCAUCAUCCGCUGGAUCAAAUUGUCGCAUCAGAAGCAAAAGGCAAAGGCUGUUCUUGCCUUCUCAGUUUACACAAUAAAUUGAUAUAUCCAAAUAACAUUCCAAGUUUGCAACAGUUUCUCUUUUCCUGUUCA